CAGUGUGGGGUUUAAGGCUUAAGGUGAUAGAGGUAUCAGCAUAUUCUCAUUUCAUUUUCAUUUGCAUUUGCAUUUGCAUUUGCAUUUGGUUUGGCGCUUUGUUUCUGGAAGCUUCCUCAGCGAUGGCGUCGUUCGAUGAAGCUCCUCCCGGAAACCCUAAGGCCGGCGAGAAGAUCUUCAGAACCAAGUGCGCUCAGUGCCACACCGUCGACAAAGGUGCCGGCCACAAACAAGGACCCAAUCUGAAUGGUUUAUUUGGAAGGCAAUCCGGCACAACUCCUGGAUAUUCCUAUUCUGCUGCUAACAAAAACAUGGCUGUGAUAUGGGAGGAAAAGACCUUGUAUGAUUACUUGCUCAACCCCAAAAAGUAUAUUCCAGGGACGAAGAUGGUAUUUCCUGGUCUUAAGAAACCUCAGGAUCGUGCAGAUCUUAUUGCAUAUCUUAAAGAAUCCACUGCAUAAUGAUUAAGUUUUCAUACAUACAGUUACGCACUGUGCUUUUGAAAUUCUGGAGAUUUAAUUUUCAGACAUUUAAUUCUGUGGUGCAGUAAAUUCUGUAUCAACAAAUAAAGUAGACUUGAUUGGUUUGCAAUGCUAUUUUGUUCAUUUUGCAUUGCUUCUUUAGAGGUUCCCAUAUAUUGGCGAAUGCUUAAUUUAGCUGUUGAAAUUUGAAAUGUUAUUGAUAUUUACUAUUUAGUUAGCUGGAAGCACAAUUUAGUGUUUAUUUGCUGGAUAA